UCCCUGCCCCCAUUUCAGACUUCGCAGGCCCCCACCCACCCCCGCCAGCAGACCACUGACCAGUGACCACCUACCCCGACCCCAGGCCGCGGCCAUUGCCGAUUGCCCGCAUCUGCAUCCACGCACGCCGCGCGAGGGAGCUGGCCGAGAGGGAGGAGUAGCAGGGCACGGAGUCGGAGAUGACGCUGAUAUGCGUGCCGCUGGUGGCGCGGACGGUGGAGGAGAUGGUGGCGGACGCGGUGGCCGCCGCGGCCGCAGGCGGUGACCUCGUCGAGAUCCGGCUCGACUUCAUCGAGGGGUUCCGCCCGCGCGAGCACCUCCCGCUCCUGCUCCGCGGCUGCCCGCUCCCGGCCCUCGUCACCUACCGACCUAACUGGGAAGGAGGCCAAUAUGAAGGUGAUGACACCACAAGAUUCGAGGCACUACAUAUAGCAAUGGAACUAGGUGUAGACUAUGUUGAUGUUGAAUUGAAGGUUGCUGACAAAUUUAUGAACUUUAUUUCUGGCAAUAAGCCAGAGAAAUGUAAACUUAUUGUUUCUUCGCAUAAUUAUGAAUAUACUCCAUCCUGUGAGGAGCUUGCAAAUCUUGUGGCUAGCAUACAAGCAGUUGGAGCUGACAUAGUGAAAAUUGCAACAACUGCUAAGGACAUUGUUGACGUAUCACGGAUGUUCCAAGUGAUGGUUCACUGCCAAGUGCCUAUGAUUGGACUCGUAAUGAGUGAAAAAGGUUUAAUGUCCAGGGUAUUAGCGCCCAAGUUUGGUGGAUAUCUUACAUUUGGAAUACUGAAUGCUGCAAAGACGUCAGCAUCUGGGCAGCCAACGGUUGAAGAAUUGCUGGAGAUUUACAAUAUAAGGCGCAUAGGACCUGAUACGAAGGUUCUUGGUCUUAUAGCCAACCCAGUAAAGCAGAGCAAGAGCCCAAUUUUGCACAAUAAAUGUCUUCAAUCUGUUGGAUAUAAUGCUGUUUAUCUUCCACUUCUUGGAGAUAAUCUUGCUAGUUUUCUUGAGACAUAUUCAUCUCCGGACUUUUCAGGAUUUAGUUGCUCUCUUCCUUUCAAAGUGGAUGCUGUACAGUGCUGUGAUGAACAUGAUCCAGUUGCUAAGUCAAUAGGAGCGAUAAACACUAUAAUUAGAAGACCUGAUGGCAAAUUAGUGGGGUACAAUACAGACUACAUUGGAGCAAUAUCUGCUAUUGAGGAUGGCAUUGGAGGUCCAGGGUCCAAGGAUGCUGCUAUAUCACUGUUAGCUGGUAGGCUUAUUGUUGUUGUAGGUGCUGGGGGUGCUGGUAAGGCAAUUGCAUAUGGUGCAAAGGAGAAGGGUGCAAGGGUAGUGGUAGCAAAUCGUACAUAUGAAAAGGCAGUAAGUCUUGCCAACGCAAUUGGUGGUCAGGCGCUGAGAUUAGCGGACCUGGAAACUUUCAGGCCUGAAGAAGGGAUGAUCCUUGCUAACGCAACAUCAUUGGGGAUGUACCCAAAUAUUGAUGGUACUCCUAUUCCAAAGAAAUCAUUGAGUUUCUACAAUGUGGUAUUUGAUGCUGUAUAUGCCCCAAAGGUUACUCGGCUUCUACGGGAAGCAGAAGAAUGUGGAGUUAAAGUUGUUAGUGGUGUGGAAAUGUUUAUUAGACAAGCCAUGGGUCAAUUUGAACAUUUCACCGGUGGUAUAGAAGCUCCUGAAAGCCUAAUGCGCGAGAUAGCAGUGAAAUACACCUAAAAGGUUAAUGGUGAAAAAGACUGCUGUGAUAAAUAUUCGCCCAAAGAUUUUGUCAGGGCUGAGUGAAAAAAAAAUGUUUCGAGAUAUCUUCCCGGUUUUGCACUCAUGGAACUUUGCUGUUGUAUUAUUAGAUUUUGCCGACUUAUCUGCACAUGGAGGACGUUGACAUGCUAUACAGUGUUCAUUCUUGUACUUGCAAUAGAGGAAUUUCAACAAUAAAGUGUCAGUUUAGAGCCUAAAUUACAAUGAGCAAGAAGAAAAAAUGCAUCAAGCCUAAACUGUUGACAUGCUUGCCCAAUUUUGGCAUUGCUGGUGGUUAUAUUGACCUGCGUAAAUUGUACUUGUACCUCUUGGAUGUUGAUUUUGCUAUGGAAAGAAUAAAUAAAAAGGUGUCCAACCAUUAGAUGCA